AUGUACAAAUUUGGAGCCACAUUCUACUCGCAAAAGCAACAGGGCCUUAGGCCACAGGCAGCAUCUUUCAAGAGAGCUGAUGAGGCUCAGAACACAUUUCUUGUUGCUCAUCAAUUCAAGCUCAACUCGGAGGGCAAACCGCUUUGGGCAUUUGGUAGCUACAAAAAUCUGCAGAGCUUCCUGGAAUGCACAAAGUAUGUACCAGCCACUGAAUGCUUCUUCUUUGAGCAAAUCCGCGAUGGGACAUCUUGCUGGGAAUACUACGACCUGGAAUGGGAUCCCUCAAAGACAGAGGACACUGAGGAGACAAUCUUCUCAGAUUUUUUGCAGCAAAGGAAUGCCUUCUGUCUAGAAUAUGAGGUCUUAGCUUCUGAGUGCCGCAUCUUGAGUGCAUCAAAUGCUGAAAAAGGGUCAAUGCAUAUCAUCUUAUCAGGGUCUGGAUUCAAGUUCAGAGACAACACAUGCCAUAUGAAAAACUUUAUGGACGCCUUCCAUUUGAUGGUUAAAGAACAUCCACUUUCAAAACACAUUGAUUGGAUUGUCUACACAAAGAAUCGAAACUUCAGAUGCAUCAAUAGUGCUAAGCGCCAUGAUCCAACAAGGGUUCUCCGACCUGCAAUUUGGCACAAUGCCUCCUGCUCUGCACCUGAGAGUGAGUUUUUUGUCACCAAUGUGAGUGCUGAUGCCACAGAUAUUGUGCAUUGUCAUCUUGCAGCAAGCAAAGGUGCUAGAAAUAAAGUACCUCAAGUACAGGGGUCUGAGCAGGAUCAAGACCAAGAGCAAAACGAAAAGUUGCCACCUAGUGUGAUUAAAGCAAUAAAUACCAUGCUUGCAAAUAUGGAUUGCUUGUCACAGUUCAAGAUUGGCGAAUCUCAUAACAAUCGUAUGCACCUGAAGCGUAUAAGAUCAGGGCACUGUCAAAUAUGUAAUAGGAUCCACGACAAUGACAAUGCAUAUGUGACAAUUGCAGAUCAGGGGAAAGUGUACCUCCACUGCUAUAGGGUGGAUGCAAAUUCCAGGCGUGAUGGACUUCAAAUUGGCAAACUGGAUUUUCCAAGCAUGAUCGCACUUCGAGUACAUAGGGCACAGACCAAUCAAGAAGAAACAAUCACUGCGAACAAACAUUGCUCACUUCGCCAUUUGGAGUAUAAGAAAGUUAUGAAGCUGCUGCAAAACCAGAAACAGAGUCUUGUGAUCCGCAGUGAACCAGACACUGCUAAGACCUCUUUUGUUGAAAGUUUUAUGGAUAGGCACAAGAACUUAGCAUACAUUUUUGUGUCUCCUCGACAAUCACUAGCACGCAAUCUAGAGAAGCGCCUUGAGCUAAGGAGCUAUCUUAGUUUCCCUGGGCCUGUCUCUGGGAAGCGCGUGAUCAUUCAAGCUGAGUCCUUAUAUAAGCUUGACCUUGAAUACUAUAGCAUGGAUGUGGUCCUGGUCUUGGAUGAGGUCUGCUCUAUUUUUGAACAGAUGACAAGUGUGGGCACCAUGAAAGGCCGCCAUGGCGCAAACAAUCAAGUCCUAGAAGAACUUAUGCGCAAGUCCAAGAGGGUAAUUGCCUUGGAUGCUGAUGUGACAGACCGAGAGGCUGAAAUCAUCAAGUCUGUGAGGAGCGAUGUUUUUGUCAUUCACAACACUUUCAAGCCACAGCAAGGGCAUCAAGUUGUGUGCUUCCAGCAUAAAGAAGUCUUAGAGUCUCAUGUUAUUGAUCUUGUAAAAUCUGGUCAUAAGGUCUGGAUAUCAACCACACACUCAGCUGAAGAUGCCGAGACCCUGCAUAAGACACUGCAGAAAAUGGGCAGAAGGGGUGUCUGUAUCACAAAGAACACAUCUGAUGCUGAUAAGAUUGGCAUCUCACAAAAUAUCAACAAAAUUGUGCUGGACCUUGACUAUUUCAUUCACACUCCGACCAUCACAGUUGGUAUAGACUGCAAUGUGAAGCAUUUCAACUAUGUCGUGGGGUUCUUUGAAGCACAAACUGGCGUCAUUGUUGAAACAUGUAGACAGAUGUUGCGACGACCGCGAAAUGUCAGCACUCAAAAAUAUCUCAUCUAUAUCAAAAAUGUAACUAGCAAUCUACCCACCACUUUCAGAGAGAUUGUUGAGUAUAUGGAAAGCCAGGAAGUGCGACUGAAUGGAUGUGAAUUAGACAUAAGUGGAUUUCCUUAUAUAUCUCAAAUGGGUCAGCCUCCAUCCGUUGACUUGAAAGUGCUAUAUGCAUUAAUAUACAUGCAGACACUCAUCAAGAAGCACUUGACAAAGAAUGACUUUUAUCAACGCUUUAUUGACCAAAUGGUCCAAGUUGGCUGCAGUGUACAGGAAGCUGACUCGCAUCUGUGUAAAAACGAUGAAUAUACUGUGGAACUAAACCAAAACAAGAAAGAGCUGCUACAUAUCAAGUACACAGGAAUUUCGAAAGCUAGGGUCCUUGAUACUGAGGAGUUUUCUCGGUUAGAUGUACAAAACAGUCGAACACAGGAGGAACAAUAUGCUGUGACGAAGUAUAAGCUAAUGGAGACCUACAGUGUACAAGAUGCAUCUCUUUUGACUCCUGAUUGGGUUGAGAAAUAUGACAAACCUCGAGAGAAGAAGAUCUAUAAGAAUCUUGCUAUGUUGAAAGAGGACCCCACACUUCAAAUCUUGCGACAAGAAGAUAGAUUGGGUCUCAAAUGUGGCAAAGCUACAGUUGGGGUUCACACACUGGGAAAUUCGAGAUACCUCAGGUUUAAGUAUGCAAAAGACAUUCUUGACAGCUGUGGAUUUGAUUCGCCAUUUGAUGACAGAGAGAUGUCAGCUGAGGAGCUCAAGAGAAAAAUAGAUCUUCGUUGGUCAGAUUUGGUCAAGGACGGAAGUAUGAGAGACAUCUGCACUCAGCUGGGGAUUAGAUGCCCCUCACACAACAAUUGGGACUUCAAAAAUAAGAAAAGCUUUUUGAAUAGUGUGUUGAACGAGAUUUGGGGGAUCCACAUAGUCAGAACUGAUCACAAGUCGCAUCAUUAUUAUAUCAAGUAUAUGACAGAGGUUGGUAAACACAAAGAUGACUUUUUCAUGACACAAGAGCUUGCAAGUUGGCCCCUGGUGCGUGCGCAGGGCUUGACUCACCCUCCAAAAGAAAUUGGGAAGGCGGACAUCCGAACCCGAGAAGUUGCCCAAAAUACAAAUAAAUGUAAGAUAUUCGAAGGUCCAAGCUACAUCCGAAGGCUCUCAGAAAGAUUUAUCUGGGUGGCCAAAUCAGUUUCGAGCUCGGAUGUCCGCCUAAUGUCAGGUGUUGGUCGUCGAAGAUACUCUCCGUCCACGCAGAGGCGGACAAGGUUUGAUGUAGUAGCAGCCGUUGCAAAUUCUCAAAAGUCCUCCAUUGUUGCGUCCCACCCGAAUUUGAAACAUUGUCAAUACAUAGGAUCCGUACUUCUCAAAGAACUCUGCGGGUCGGUCGAUAUUAUACCCUUCAUGCUUUGCCAGAUGUAUAUGGUGCGGGAUAUUGCUCUUGGAUGGCUUCGUGUGACCGCCACACUUACGCAGGAAGAACAACCGAAACUGCUUAUCAAGGGGUCCUGUAAGCUUUGGGAGGACGAUGAACAGUCUGGGGAUUGGGUAUUCGUGCAAUUCGUAGGUCUGAGUGAUGGGAGCUUGCACUCGGCUUUGAAUGAUGGCUAG